AUGAAAACCGCGCUAAAAGGUUUUGAAAAAACUGGUAUUUGGCCAACAAACGAGGAAUUUUUCACUGACGAUGCCUUUUUACCAGCCGAGACAACUAAUAUUCCCAUUGCUGAGACAGAAAUUGCCCCUACUCAAGUAACUCAAGUCGCUGAUUUUACAGAAAAUAAUUCCUUCAAUGAUCCCUCAACCCCACCUCCCAGAGAACUAAAGGAAACUAGCAACGAAACUCAAAAUGGCUCUUUACCCUGA